ACUUGCUCCCUGUGAGGCGUGGAGCAACAUCACCAACCAGACAGCUUGCCAGCCAGCCAGCGGCAUCUCUCAACUUUGGAAUUUUGGACACUGGACUUUGGAAGGGAUCAUGGUCAUGAGCCAAGUACAGCUGUGUAACAAUAAAUGAAAUAACGCUGCAGUGCUUAGUAACGCAGCACUGAACACACUUCUCCUCAGGAUAAUGUCGGGAUCAACUCUGAGUAGUGAGGUGGUGACGGCGUGCCUGGUGAUAUUGCUCCUGGCUACCCAUGCCUACGCACUUCACUCCACGGUGUCGCUGCCGUGGGGAUGGGAGUGUGUGUUAGGGUAUCAAUGCGUAAAGAAAGAUGCUACGGAAAACGCAGGCCUCAUGACACUCAACACGUGCAAACUGUCCUGCACCUCGGACGGCUUCCUGUGGCCUAUGCCAACCUCCAGUCUCAUCCACGGCGACAUCUCACUGUUCCUGGUGGACAAUAUUGCCUUCGAGUCCACUUGCCACGGCGAGGUUUGCAACCUGCUGCAAGAAGCUUUUGCUAUCUUCAAGGACAACCUGCAGCGAUACCAUCCCGCUUACUCCCAGGGUAAGGCGCCGUGGCGGGGCCCCUGGGACGCCGCCACGCUGGCCCACACCCUGUACGUGGAAGUGACGGUCAGUGAGGAAGUCACAGAACUCGUGUUGCACAUGGAUGAGUCAUACGAGCUCACUGUGACAACUGCCGGUGACGUCACCACCGCCACCAUCACCGCGCCUACUUACUUUGGAGCACGGCACGGCCUGGAAACUCUGUCGCAGCUGGUGGACUACCACGAAACUGCUGACGCCCUCAUGGUGGUGACGGCCACAGUGACAGACGCACCUGUUUUUCCCUACCGCGGGCUGCUGCUGGACACGUCCCGCAACUACGUGAGCGUAGCCACGCUGGAGCGAACUCUUGACGGCAUGGCUGCUAACAAGCUGAACACUCUGCACUGGCAUAUAACAGACUCGCACUCCUUCCCGUUGGUGCUCGAGGGACUACCCAACAUGGCCAAUUACGGCGCCUACUCCACCAGAGAGGUGUACACGUUGGACCAGAUCACCGCCCUCAAGGAGUACGCCCGCGUGAGAGGCGUGAGGUUAUUGCCCGAGCUGGACGCACCGGCACACGUGGGCAACGGAUGGCAGUGGGGGGAAAAGGAAGGACUGGGGAACCUUGCCGUCUGCGUCAACCAGGAACCAUGGCAAGAAUUCUGCGUGGAGCCGCCAUGUGGUCAGCUGAACCUUGCCAAUCCUGAGAUGUACAAUGUACUGAGCUCGGUGUACCACGAGAUGUUUAAUAUGUUUUUACCGAGCGACCUGUUCCAUUUUGGAGGGGACGAGGUAAACAUCAACUGCUGGAACUCGACCCAAGAGAUCUUUGACUGGAUGACGGAGAACAACUACGGCGUGGACGAGGCGGCCUAUUAUAAACAGUGGUCCGUGUUCCAAGAGAAGGCGCGUGAAUUAUUCCUGAAGGCGUCGGGAUACGAUGACAUUCAGGGGAUACUGUUCACCUCGGGACUGACGGCGCCAGAGCACGUCGAAUCUUACGUGAAUAAAUCCAACUACAUCAUUCAGAUCUGGUCGACUGAGGACGACCCCAUCAUCGGCGACUUGCUGAAUCGUGGCUACCGGCUCAUCUUCAGCAACUACGACGCGUGGUACCUGGACUGUGGUAUGGGAGCCUGGGUAGGGGAGGGCAACAAUUGGUGCAGCCCCUACAAAGGCUGGCAGACCGUCUACAUGAACAAUCCCUACGAGAUUGCCAAGACUCAGACCGGGUCCACUCACAAAGACCUCAUUCUGGGAGGCGAGGCGACGCUGUGGACCGAGCAGGCAGACGACGCCGUGAUUGACUCGAAGCUGUGGCCCCGAGGCGCCGCCCUAGCGGAGCGUCUGUGGAAAAACCCUGAGGGCGGCUGGUACGGCGCCGAACCCUCCUUCAUCCACCACCGGCAGCGUUUGGUGAAACGUGGCAUUCAGGCUGAGCGCAUCCAGCCACAGUGGUGCCACCAGAACGAGGGGCUCUGUUACUUGUAAACCGCAUUCGCAUUUAUUGUUGAGAAAACUGUAACCUGAUUGAUGAAAAUGUAAAACUGCA